AUUUUGAUUGAUGUUUGAAUGUUGUAAUCCAAAAUGCUUUGACGUGUACUCGUAUCCUUAAAUUUUGGAAAUUAACGCGAUUAUUAUGUAUUUCAUGUAUUAAAUAUCUAGGGAAUAAGGGCAAAUAAAAGGAUUCAUACUUAUCUCAAAAUGGAUUUCUUUAAAAGUGGGUUGAAGACUGUUUUAGGGGCGCCGGAACCCGGCCAACUGCCUUCUGGAGCUGAAACAGUUGAACGUCUAGUGGACAGGGUCAACAACUCGACACUUCUAGAGGAUCGACGAGAUGCCUGCCGUGCCUUGAAAGCUAUGUCGAGGAAGUACAGGGUAGAGGUGGGCGCCCAAGGCAUUGAUACAUUGAAACAGGUGCUAGAACUUGAUCGCGCGGAUAAUGAAACAAUAAACUAUGCCUUAGACACCCUUAAUAACAUAAUGUCACCGUCACAAUUUGAAGAAGAGGAAGAUAAUCCUCACGUUCCUAUGAAUAUCGGUGAGCAAUUCACUGAGAUGUUCAUUAAAGACCCGCACAACAUUCAACUUGUACUAGAUCUCUUAGAUGAAUACGAUUUUAGAGUUCGACUGUCUGCCGUUCAAUUAUUAACCUCUCUUCUAACAAAUAGGACUAAGGACAUUCAGGAAAUAAUUCUAGUCAAACCUAUGGGUGUCUCCAAAAUGAUGGAUUUACUUGGAGACACAAGAGAAGUGAUUCGUAACGAAACUCUUCUUCUACUAAUAAAAUUGACAAAGGGCAAUGCGAAUAUACAAAAGAUUGUCGCUUUCGAAAACGCGUUCGAUAGAUUGUUCGAAAUAGUUUCGAGCGAGGGCUAUUCGGACGGAGGGAUCAUUGUUGAAGAUUGUUUAUUGCUAAUGUUGAAUCUAUUGAAGAAUAACGGUAGUAAUAUAAACUUCUUUAAAGAGGGUAGUUAUAUACAGAAGACAUUGCCGAUGUUCAAUACGCCCGAUGAUUCGGAAGACGUGGGUUGGUCACCUCAGAAAGUAUCGAACGUUCAUUGUAUGUUACAAAUAGUGAGAACAUUGGUGUCUCCGAGCAAUUCAGCACAGAUUAUAUCGAGUUGUCAGAAGAUUAUGAAAAAUGUUGGAUUGUUGAAUGCUCUGUGCAAUAUUUUGAUGGCGAAUGGAGUUCCAGCAGAUAUUUUGACGGAGACGAUAAAUACAGUCGGUGAAGUAGUAAGAGGUGAUCUAGCUAAUCAGGACUUCAUUGGAAAUGUAAUGGCGCCGUCAAAUCCGCCGCGACCGGCUAUCGUCGUUCUGCUUAUGUCCAUGGUAAAUGAAAAGCAACCCUUCGCUCUUAGGUGUGCAGUGCUGUACUGUUUCCAAUGCUAUCUCUACCACAACGAGAUGAGCCAAGCGUCCCUGGUACAGACUCUCCUGCCAUCGUCCACAGAUGUCUCUAGCCUAACAAGUGGUCAAUUACUCUGUGGCGGGCUAUUCUCCUCCGAUGUUCUAUCCAAUUGGUUCUCUGCUGUUGCUCUAAUGCACUCUUUGAUAGAUAAUCCUGGACAAAAGGAGCAGUUACUCAGGGUACUGUUGGCCACAAAUGUUGGCAGUACGCCGGUGUCUCUGUUGCAUCAGUGCACUGUGCUGCUGCAGCAGACUACGAAGCUGCAGUCUAAAGUAGCGCUACUAAUGCUACUAUCGCAGUGGAUGAGCUACUGUCCGGGAGCAGUGAGUGCGUUCCUGCAGGUGCCCGGUGGUGUGGGCUACCUCGUCAACCAGACCUGCUCCAAUGAACACGAUGACAACGAGUAUCUGCUGCAAGGUCUGUCCGCAUUCCUGCUGGCGAUCUGCAUACACUUCAACGACGACUCCGUAGAGAGUUACUCGCAAGAGUCCCUCAAGCAACUGCUGACCAAGAGGAUAGGAGUCGAGACCUUUACUGCGAAACUAAGCGAAGUAACCAAACAUGAACUGUACAAUAAGGCGGCGAAACACCCGCAGCUAAGAGUCAAGAUAGCGUCGGAAAUAUUGAUCGACUACGAGUUCUGUAGACUGUUCAAGGUUUUGGAGAACGUGCUGAUCCAGAGCGUGUCCCAGAAGCAGGAGAACGGUCCAAGCGAAGCGGUCGCUGCUGAAGACAACCUCGAGCAGUACAAAUCCCUGAUCCGGCAACAAGAUGCAAGGCUCCAGGAGCUCGUGCACCAGCUGGAGGCGCUCGUGCAGCAGAACCGCCAGCUGCAGGGUGCCCUCAACGACUCGAUAGCAUCAAAUUCGCUUCUCAAAGACGAAAACACGCUACUUAAAGCGCAAGUUUCGGCCAAAUUACCAAACCAAAUGCCGCUACAACAAAUGAGUCAGUCAAGCCAGGCCACGCCGGGACAAGCCCACCAAUCCAGCCAAGCCAAUCAUGUAGCCCCAAACCAAGAUGUUCUGGUCGAAUAUGAUAACAAAAUACAAGCUCUGAAUGCAGAAGUGAACAGACUAAAUGAGGUGUUGAAGAGUUCUGAAGAAGGGAAGAGAAAUUCUGAACAGGAGUUGGAGAAAUUGAGGAAGGAUCAAGAUGACUUGCUGGAAUUGCUCGCUGAUCAGGAUUUGAAAAUAAACGAGUAUAAAAUGCGAUUGAUGUCUUUGGGCCAAAAUGUAGAGGAAGAAGCCGCGGAAACGGAACUCAAUCUGACGUAAAGCUGCCUUCCUUAUGCCUAAACAUGUAUUUAAUUAUAAGAUUUAUCGUUUUAAUUAGAAAUUUAUUUUACGAUCCACUAUGUAUAAAAAAAUGAUGUUUUAAUAUAUGUUGUAUUUAUUAA